AUGCCUCACUCGACCCAAUAUUCAGUUCUUGCGCCCGCCACACCUCCCACGAAAACCUUGGCUACGCAAAAUGGUAAAGCCCGAUCGAAUGGCUUUAUGAGCGUACACGAAAGAAAAGAUCUUCAGCAAGCACGUGCACUGAACCCGUUUGAUCCUAUUGAAGUUGACGGCACACCCAUGAACGAGUGCUCGACUGCAAUACCAUCAGAAUGCGAACUGGAAGAAGCUGAGACGAACUUGUGGGUUGCCCUCAAACAGUACAAAAUGCUCCUUGAGGCCAAGAUGGACCUGUCAAAUGCUUUCGAUGAGUACAAAGACCUCUUCUUGAUUCACCAGCGUCGUAAGGGUAACUCAACUUCUCACCUGGACAUCGCCAUUCCUGAAACGCAGGAUAAUCAGUUGGUAGAAGCAGCUCAGGACGCUCUAGCAAAGGCGCCACCUCCUCCCGCCAAACCAGACCCUGUCUCCUACGACAAAUUCAUCCAGACGCUCGAGCAAGGUGGUUAUACUUGGCUUCUAAAACACACAAAACACCUCAACAGCAUGGAUGAUUUCGCCGUCGCUCUCACCGCCGACCCAAAGCAAAAGCGCUGCAAGGUUGGCCGUCCAAGGGGUGAUCUGGAGUUUCGUCAACAGGUUGGUGGACAAGGAAGGGAUCCGUGGAAGUGUUGGCCACCGAACGCUGACGAGGAUGUAGAGGUGGCUACGGAGUGA